CAGAGGCGGAGGCGGCACCCAGGGGCCGGGGAGGCCGGGACCAUCGCACAGACAAUUCCGUUUUCCUGAGGCGGCUGUAGCAGGGACUGCUGCCGCGGGCGCGGGGUGGGCAGGCCUGCGCGUGGGUUUGGAAGGAGCUGUCUGCUCCGGCACUGGAGUGUCUGGCAGCGGAGGGAGGAAGAGGAGGACGAGGUGGACUACCGGGAGGAGGUAGAGGCGGAGGAGAGCCACGCACCGAGCUCGCGCGAGCAGGACUGGCCCCUUUCACAGACCGCCGCGGAAAGGGGGAGGAGGCUCCGCCGAGGCCAGCGAGCGGGUGCCUCUCCUCCCCGGGUGCCGGUUUCACCCCGUGGCAGUGCCUUCCAGCAAACGCUACAGCGGCCGGGGCUGCAGCGGCCAGACGGAUGCCAAGGCCACACGGCCGGCGCGCGGGUAGCCGCCGUCCCACGCGGGCUCCGGGCGCCCAGGGCUGCUGAUGAAGUGAUUGAGAAGGAAGAGCGAACGUCUUCAUUUUGUAGACAGGACAACAUGGACCAGCCAUUUACUGUGAAUUCUCUGAAGAAGCUAGCUGCUAUGCCUGAUCACACAGAUGUUUCCCUGAGCCCAGAAGAGCGAGUGCGUGCCCUAAGCAAGCUCGGUUGCAACAUCACCAUCAGUGAAGACAUCACUCCACGCCGCUACUUCAGAUCAGGAGUGGAGAUGGAGAGAAUGGCAUCUGUGUAUUUGGAAGAAGGAAACUUGGAAAAUGCCUUUGUUCUUUAUAAUAAAUUUAUAACCUUGUUUGUAGAAAAGCUUCCUAGCCACCGAGAUUACCAGCAAUGUGCAGUCCCGGAAAAGCAGGAUAUUAUGAAGAAACUGAAGGAGAUUGCAUUCCCAAGGACAGAUGAAUUGAAAAAGGACCUUUUAAAGAAAUAUAAUGUAGAAUAUCAAGAAUAUUUGCAAAGCAAAAACAAAUACAAAGCUGAAAUUCUCAAAAAACUGGAGCAUCAGAGAUUGAUAGAGGCGGAGAGGAAGCGGAUUGCUCAGAUGCGCCAGCAGCAGCUGGAAUCGGAGCAGUUUCUGUUUUUUGAAGAUCAGCUCAAGAAGCAAGAGUUAGCCCGGGGUCAGAUGCGAAGCCAGGAGAGCCCGGCGCUGUCAGAGCAGAUUGAUGGGAGUGCUUUGUCCUGCUUUUCCACGCACCAGAACAAUUCCUUGCUGAACAUAUUUGCAGAUCAGCCGAAUAAAAGCGAUGCAACCAGUAUUGCUAGCCACUCUCCUCCAGUGAACCGGGCCUUAAAGCCAGCUGCUACUCUAAGUGCCGUGCAGAAUUUAGUCGUUGAAGGGCUGCGAUGUGUAGUUUUAUCAAGAGAUCUUUGCCAUAAAUUUCUGCAGCUGGCAGAAUCCAAUACCAUGCGAGGCAUAGAAACCUGCGGCAUCCUCUGUGGAAAGCUGACACAUAAUGAAUUUACGAUUACACAUGUAAUUGUGCCAAAGCAGUCUGCAGGGCCAGACUAUUGCGACAUGGAGAAUGUCGAAGAAUUAUUCAGUGUUCAGGAUCAGUACGACCUUCUCACUCUGGGAUGGAUCCAUACACAUCCCACCCAAACUGCAUUCUUAUCCAGCGUUGAUCUUCACACUCACUGUUCCUAUCAGCUUAUGUUGCCAGAGGCUAUUGCCAUCGUCUGUUCACCAAAGCAUAAUGACACUGGCAUCUUCAGGCUCACCAAUGCUGGCAUGCUUGAGGUUUCUGCUUGUAAAAAGAAGGGCUUUCAUCCACACACCAAGGACCCCAGGCUGUUCAGUAUAUGCAAACAUGUGCUGGUAAAGGACAUCAAAAUAAUUGUGUUGGAUCUGAGGUGAUACGUUCUGAACAUAAGCACCAUCAGCACCCUACUCCUCCUGCCCAUGGACAUGUGGUUGCUGGAUUUUCUUAAGAUGUUUCCAGAAAUGACUGCUAUUUUAUAUUUAUACCUUUUAGAUCAGAAAGUUUGAUAUUUAUUGCUCUUGCAUAUUUUGAUGUUUGCUUUUGGGCUUUCGCUGUCUCAAGAGAGGUCACAUGGUAUAAAAUCAGUACCUAUCAGUGUGCCCAAAUCCUACAACCUGAUAAUAAAUUGUGCUGCAAACAACAUAUAUCUGAUAGAGAAGUCUCUGCAUAUGGUCUAGGAGCUUCAGAUGUUUCACUGUAUUUUUGUUCAUUCAUGUAAAAUGUAUUUCCAAGCAAGAAACUCUGAAUACUGGUA